CGGGGCCGAGCCCGGGCUGCGCUGCGCCCCAAUGAAAAAGGAGAGAGGCAGAGGCGGUGCAACGGACGGCUCAGGCGGCGUCGGCGGGCGCGUCCGGGAAGAGGGCGGCCGCGAAUGCCUGCGGGUCGAAGGUCUGCAGGUCGUCAACUCCCUCCCCCCCAGAAAAUUCCCGCCCUGGCUGCGCUUGUCUGAUUGA